AUGGAGAAAUGUGCCCAAUUCAUUGCUAUGUAUAUGAGAUAUGAGCCAUUGUACGAAACUGGGCUUAAUAUUGACAACCAAAAUGACAUAGUUGAGAAUGUUCCAACACUAGUUGUCUCUCCUAAGACCGCGUUGAUGUGGCAAACCGGGAACUGUCUUGAGAUGAGCAUUGUGUUAGUCUCAUUGCUUUGCGGUUCGGGUUACAAUGCUUUUGUAGUUGUUGGUUAUGCACAUCCGAUUUUGUGUCUUAAUGAUCAUAGCAACGAUUUGUUUGAGGAUGAUUUUUCAGAUAUACAGACCAACGAUGCCGAUAGUGACACCCCUGUGGAGGAGAAUAUUGAUUACAUUGAUUUAGUAAAACAACGUCCUGUACUUCGCAACGUUGAUGACCCUGAUCCUGAGAUGCCGUCUGAAGAAGAUAUGUCUCUUGAAAAUCUAUCUAACCACCGCGAAACGGAUAAAAUAGCGAGCGCUCUUCCAAUUAGACCACUACACUCUUGGGUCUUGGUGCUGAAGGGUGGUAGAAGAAACUUAGAAAAUCCGACUUUUAUUGAGCCAACGACUGGGAAGCUUGUUCCAGUAUCGGAAGCGGAUCAACACUACUUCGGGAUUGAAUCUAUCUUUAACAAUAAAAACUAUUACGUGAAUAUGCGACCAGAGUAUCCGGUCAGCUCGUUGUCGAUCGAUUUGCGUGAUUUAUCAGAAUGGGAAAGCCUUAUUCCAAUACCAAAUGAUAACGAUAGCCACGACUUAACUACAUCAGCGUUACCAUCCACUUUAAUCCGGCGUGCAUUCCAUGAAUUAGCUCAGGAAUCCAUAUGUUCCACUCAAUUUACCGAGAUAUUUUCCAAAUGCAACGUUUCAAUUCCUCGCUCUUGGGUACAAGAGUUGAUUAUAACCCCUGAACAGUAUAUAAGUCGCUUUCCAGGGAACUGCAAGGAAUUCAAAUACUCCAAUACAACCGUUCGCUUCUUUGCUGAGUAUUCUCAACCGGAUCUUUGCGUUAAAGAAGUUUAUCUAAAGGAUACCGAAAAGGAUAAUCUCGAGAAGAUUCAGCUUUUUUAUAAACAUCGAGCCGAUAAACUGCAGAGACGUAGUUUGAUCAGUCAGGGAAACUUAGAUAUUGAUAUUAAACACAUUAAUGAAACCUGCCAUAUUUUGAGCUUACCUCCAAACUUCGUUCUGAUGGAAUUGUAUGAAAGGGGCCGCAUGCGCAGUCCUUUUAUCGAUGGUCUUCAUGUGCUUAUUUUCAAACCAGGCGAAGAAAGAACUAUGAAGUUCUACUCCAAGGUUCGUGAAGAUGGCCUAUAUAAACGUAUUGAGCUCUUCUACGACAGUCAUUCCAUCAAGAAGAUCAAAGAGUAUUACAAAGGUCGCACCGAUCGUUUAUGCUACCGAAGCAUUUCCUUUGCUAAGCCAGAAGAUCUAUCUGAUAUAUAUCUACACGAGAAUCUUGUGAACAUGGGGUACGGAUCUAGCAUAAGUGAAUUCCCUCGACUAGGGCCGAUCCGGCUUAGCCAGAAGUUCCUAAGCAAUGAAGAGAUCCCUUUAUACAAAGAUGUUGCGAAGGUCAUCUUUACAUGCCCUGCUUCGUCGAAGGAGGGCCCUGGAGAAAUGAAAGUGUUUUUUCAUUACUCCGAAGGCAGCAUCAUCCGGCCGUUUCACGUGUUUACCAAGGUGGCCUCAAGCGUGGAGGACUACAUCGCGGCGUCGGCAUCCAAGAUGCCUUCUGAUCUCCCGGUAAAAAUAACCACCGUCCCCGGGCAGGACCUACCCAGCGACCUGGAGCUGUACACGGAGCGAAAAUGGCUUUCGACGAUGGAGUCGGAAUGCUUGGCGGAGGUCCGUGCGAAACUCGAGGAGCACCUUAGCCUUCUUCACACCCUGGAUAAGGAUCACCAGAAUGUCGAACGCGUGCUCAGCACCUACGAUACGCUACGCAACCGCACGAACGAAACGGAGGCCGAGCUUGCGCUGAAGCUCGCUGAGCGUGUGAGAAAGGAGGAAUCCCAAAAGGAUUAUCUCGCUCCGUACAUUGCUAAACUCAAGCUACUUUCCAAUUUCGAUGGAAAUUAUCUCUCUGUCAAGCUCAACGCAGAGCAAGCGAAGCAAGUUCGGGAUGCUGCAUUAUCGGAGCAGAAGGAACGCCUCAUUCAACGUGGUCAGAUUAUGCAAAUGAGAAUCGAUAAAGAGAAGGAUGAGUUUAACAAACGCCAACAACUUUACAAGAAGAGAAUUAAUGCAUCUGCCAUCGAGGGGGGCAAAGAGGCAGAGGAAUUUGCAGCUUAUUGUAAAGAAGCAACAAGUAGGAUAAAGGUUGUUGAUGAGCGCCUAGCGAAACAUGUUGACCAGGCAAGUGAGAAGUAUGAGCGACUUGCACAGCGACUUGCAGAGGAUCCUCGACUAUCGGCUUUAUACUCACGUUCUGGGGAGGAGUUGUAG